AUGAAAGUGUCGAGUAACGAGAAAAGGCGGGAGGUCCAAGAUCUCACAAAGUUCCAUGGAAAGACAUGUGCCCUAAAAAGAAUUACGUUCGACAUUCAUCGGAAUGACUGCUUCGGAUUGGUUGGUCCUAGCGGAGCUGGCAAGACAACAGCAUUCAACAUUAUCGUCGGGCUAACAUACCCUAGCAGUGGUAAAGUGCUGCUCAACAAUCGUACUGUGAGAGGUGUUUCCAAGGUUGGAUUCUGUCCCCAGUUCGACUCGCUUGCUAAUACUCUUUCCUCCUAUCAGAACAUGAUAAUUAUAGCAGGGAUGACAGGUUAUAGAAGUCCUAGAAAAAUGGUGAUGGAAGUGUUAAGACAAAUGCGUAUGACCAGUCACUGUCGAAAAAGCGUUCAGCAGGCUGAGAAACGUCGAAUAAGCACGGGUGUGGCAAUAUUGAAUAACGCAGAACUUAUCUUACUUGAUGAACCCACAGCUGGUAUUGAUCCAAAGGUCUGA